CUCUCAAAUCUCAACACAACACAAAAAACAAUGAACUGCAAUCAUUUCCCUUCAGCUGCUCAAUCCCUCCUUAAUUCACCCAAUAAACCACCCAUUUCAUCUCAUCCCUCCAAUCUUUUCUUCAAAUCCAAUAAUACCCAUGUUAAGAUACCUCAGAUUUCGACACGUACACCUAACAUAACCGCCAGAGCCUCCACCGCCACCGCCAACAGAAUAACGACGGUGGAAAAUGAGACAUUGUAUGACCUACUUGGUAUAUCGGAAAACGGCACACUGUCAGAGAUUAAACACGCGUAUAAAAAGAUGGCAUUAAAGUACCAUCCUGACGUGUCGCCUCCGGAUAGGGCGGAGGAGUACACAGUGAAGUUUAUUCGGGUGCAGGAAGCGUAUGAGACGUUAUCCGACCCGGAGGCUAGAUCCGUAUAUGAUAGUUAUAUGGCGAAAGGGUUGCCCUUUAAUUUUUCGGGUAAGAGGGAGACCCGGUUUGACCAGAGAUCCGAGGAUAAGAAACGGUGGAAGGAGACGUGGACGGGGCAAAUAUCGGAGCUUACGCGGCGGAGCAGGACGGGUCCGAAUAGGGUGAACCGGACAGGGGGAAUGUCGUGGGCGGCCCGGAUCCGGAAGCAGCGAAGCGAAUCAUGUGGUUAUGGGUCGGAUUCGGAUCAAUAAGAACCCUUUUCUUAACUCUUUUGGUAAUAUUGUACAAUUGUUGAAUUUUUUAGUUUUUUGUUUAGGAUGUGAAUAUCGUAGUUUUGGUUAUAUGAGUGUUGGUCAUAGUUGUUAUAUUAAUGUGUAUGUAAAUUACUUAUAAUAAAUCUUUAUAAUUCAUACUAGUAUUAAGCC